CUCUUUCAUUAAUUAAAAGCAGCGCUGCGCCUAAAUUCCGGCUUGGUUCCGAAAAAAAAGGGAAGAAAACCGAGAAGAAGCAUUCCGAUUCCUACUUUCAGAAAAAUAAAAGUAUUCCGAUAUCUGUCAGUGUCAGCGACAAUGGUUUGUGGGGGUUUCCACAUUGAAUUUCCUUUGAUUUCUAGGGAUGACUUUAACCGGUCAGGAAUGUUGAGGUCUAGUAAUUCACCUGAGAAAUUCCUCGUUUUCGGUAUUCUUGUGUUCCUUGUGGUUUUAUUUUUAGUGCUAAUGAUCGGUGAACAUAUUACUUGUUGGAAGAAACCCAAGGAACAAAAGACCAUUAUGGUUAUAAUUUUCAUGCCAUCUAUCUAUGCUCUUGCCUCAUAUCUUGAAUUGCAUGCUAUUAAUAGUCAUGCAUGUGACACCUUUUUUAUGGUCUUGGACUCUAUCAAGGAAUGCUAUGCUGGCCUGGUUAUUGGAAUGUUCUUGAGGUUGUUAUACACAUAUUUGAAUAUAAACAAUGAAAAACUCUCUCAAAAACAUGUCAAGUUUAUAAUAAUGCGAAGAUCAAUUCGUAACUUUUUUCCGGUGACUCUUGUCCAGUUUGUGGUGAUUCGCUUCGUGUGCUCUGUUGUGAUGAUUCUUUUGCAACUUUUUGAGAUAUAUCCUAUUUGGCUUAACUGGGCAUUCUUUUUCAUCACGAACCUAUCACUUUCCUUGGCAUUUUAUACCGUGUUUGUUUUCUACAAAGCAUAUAUUAUUGAUAUGCCAACAGAUACAUAUGACCAGUUCUAUUUUGUCAGAGCGAUCAUCUUCGUCUGCUUUUACCAGGGAGGUUUACUUAGGAUUCUUGAUUCAAUGGGACUAAUCAAAUCAAAUCAUUUUUGGAACCAAGAGCUGCAAAACAACUUAGUGAUUUUGGAGAUGGUGAUUCUUGCUUUUUAUCAAAAUCUAGCGUUCACUCAUCAUGUAUAUCUUGAUGAUGCUCUUAUUCUCCCAAUCCAGCAACCUGUGUCUAAGCCUAUAAAUGCUGUUAAGGCUCCUAUUCAUUCGAUUAAACAGCCUUCGCCUAUGCCUGAGCUUGCCGAGUCUUUGAAAAAGUCAUUAGAAAGCUGUGUCACUGCUUGAAAGUCUUGAGAUUAUUGUUUAGAGUUAGUUUAAUUGCCCACUUAAUUAAAAGAAAAUCUUCCUUACAACUCCUAAUUCAUUUUGAGAAGGGCUAUGAAUGCAGAAGCUCUAAUUCUAUGUACAUUGUGUGAUUAUUUUAGUAUAGGUAUUCCGGUAGGCGGUUUUGAAAUUGUAUGCAGCAUUUUCAGUAAUGUACGUUGUUAAUAUCCUGAAUUUUUAGGCAUGUACCUGGGCGAUGUAUUUGUAAAAAUAUGUACAUCAAUUUAUCAAAGAGAUCCGACUAUUAUAAGUGUAAA